CCCCCCCCCCCUCCGAUUUCAGAAGAUGAAGUGGGCAGAGAUUGCGGUAGGAAUUUCGCUGCUGGUGCUACUCUCUGGAGUUUGUGGGGGACAGGCUGCAGAAUGUGCAGAGUUGGAGACAUGUGAACUUUGUAUCACUGGUGAUACUUCACUGAACCUAACAGACUGUGUAUGGGCACAAUGUAAGUCAGAAAUCUUUUGUGUUGCAAAGACAUCUGAAAAUCUCACUGACUGCACUACACAUGACGAAGUUUCAAUGUGUGAAGCUGCCACUACUGCUAAAGAAGCUUCAUCCACUGCAGAAUCUGACAUCACCACUGAGAUUCCAACAACGACUCCUGUGUAUUCACCCUCCAGCUUUGACCCAGCCAGUUUCAUUGGAGGAAUUGUCUUGGUUCUGGGAGCUGAGGCAGCAUUUUUCUUUGCAGUCAAGUUCUUCAAGGCACGAGAUGGAACCUACCAAACUCUGAUAUAAUCACAAGGAUGGAAAGAAUGGCUUUGAAGUGGCCAAAAUAAAUCUACUCAUUUCCCAGCAAACACUAUUAAAUGAAGCUGUCUUCACUAAUGCCACGUUUAUAUUGCAUUAUAGUGGAGGAGAUUUAAGAUUCUGUUUGCCUUUGACGUGGUGGAUUGAAUUGGCUACAAAUACUAGAGUACAUCCAGGACUGAUGUUCUGUGCUAUGACCCUCAGUAGCACUGUAUUGAGAUGAUAUUGUAUACAGAGAUCAAGUGAAAAGAUCUUGUUAAUAGUUUGGUGCUUUUUAUGGACCAGACUACA